UCUGCACAGCAUUGGUUCAGUAGGAAAAAAUGGACGCGGAAAAAAAGUUGUAUGUGUAAAAUCCCUAUUAUUGCUAAAUAUCGAUUUAAAAUUAAACGAAAAUGAGUGGGAAUCACCCAAAAAACAGUGGCGGAGCCGGCUACAGCAGCCAAGCACCCAUCACAAUCUCCAUACCGAGCAUUGAGCAAAAGAACAAGCAAAUGCAACAGGAGACGCUGAUGGAGAGGCUACGCGCCAAGUACCGCAACAAGCCAAAGAGCUACGAGGAAAUCAAGAAAUCGGUGCGCAUGUAUUUCAUAGAGAAGCAUUAUCCGCUGGACCCACUCUGCAAGGCAGCGCUGCAGUCGGCAUUGGAUAAACUGCAGCACUACAUCAAAGUCACGUCCCGGCACGGUCUUGUGGAGCGGUUGGAGAGUCUGUCCCGCCAGCUGGGCCUCAAAUUCAUGGAGGAUCAGCAAACGCUAUUCAUUUCCACAGACAUGUUCUACGUGGAGAUCCUGCUGGACGCCAGUGGUAACCUCAGCGAUGUCAAGGUGCACCAUGAGUGCAAAAUUGAGCAGCAGUCGAGUUCCAGUGCCAGCUCCACCGAGUUGCUGAAUUGCUUGAGGGCAGGCGACUUCGCUGACUUCACAGUACAACUCGAAGGUCUCUCCUCCAUUUACCAGCUGAACGCUGAGCCCAAAGUCAAGAAGAAGGCCUUCGUGGCGCUGCAGGCCAUGGAAACGGACAUAUUCAGCCUCUAUCAGCACCAGCUGCAGCUGCAGCAACAGCUCAGCAGCAGCACUGAUAGCUACCACAUCAUGAACAACUCCUCGGUGGGCUUGGUCCUGCAGCGACGAGGUGGGCACCCGGUGAAGCUGACCUACUUCUGUCCGCCCCUCCACCUCAUCGAGAAGAAGGUGAAGGGCGAGAAAGUGGCCACUAGCAGCGGAACCGCGAGCAGAGACCUGAGCAUUGAGCAGGUCAUAAAAAGCCCCAACGGACUCAGCGUCACGCUGAAUCUUGAGGCCUCCUCUGCGAACAAGCUGCAAAUUCUGCCGAUUGUCAGCAUCACUAACGAGGCUGGAUUGCCUCUGGAGCAACCCGUCUAUGCGCCGCUCACGCAGAACAACUCAAUGCUGAUGCCGGCCACCUAUGUCCUGCGCCUCAGUAAGCCGAUGCCCGUCUGCAUUGAGUCUCUACGGGCUCUGGGCCUGCCGGGCCUCACAAGCAAUGCAAACGAGGAAACGCCGACAGUAAUGAAUCUAAUUGUGCAAACGGCCUCCAGGCAGUUGAUCAGGAACACCCAGAAGGGCUUGUAUGUGAAUCUGCCCAAGGAGACGCACUGCUACUUCUUUACGGACAACCACAGACUGAAAGGCACCAUGAUCUCGUCCCUACCAUUCACGGAGCCUGCGCAGGUACCUAAGAUAAUCGCGUUCCUCAAGAAGCAGGCGCUCUUCUACACGCUCCUCUCCAGCUGCAUCAGGGAGCAACAGAAGCAGUACAAUGACAUGGACAGCACCGUCAUCUUGGAGGUAACCGCUGUCUCGCUCAGUCUGAUCACAGUGGAACUGCAGCAUCCGUACGAGGAGUCGCUGGCCACAGUUGACUUUCUAUUGGAGGACGGCCAGGUGACCUGCACCAUUUACUCCGUCAACGACGAAUACGAAGCGCUCUCCGAGAAGCUUACCAGAACAGUGCGGCAGGUGCUCUCAAUUCCGAUGGUUAUAUACAAGCUGCUUAAGUGCUGGGAUGAGGAGCACCAGAAGAAGAUGCACGGCAACUUGGCCCCAGGCGCUGGCACAGGGAGCGGCGCAUCGGGCGGCUUUAGCGGCACAGGAGGUGGAGUUGGCGGGGGCAGUGGCGGGAUGCAUGGAGCAAGCAACUUUGGACAGUUCGCCAUCGAUGCAGCUGGAGAGGGCGGCAGUGGAACUGGCGGCGGAUUCAGUAGUCUUGCCAAUCUCAAAAUGGACUCAAAGGUGCGAUCCCUGGCAGAUGCAUUCGCUGCAUCUACUUCGGCUGCUGCGGCUAUUGCUGGCCUCAUUAGUUUGAAGCGAGAAACUGAUCCGCAGUCAAGUGGAGGAAGCAGUCCUGUCCCCCCUUCCAGCUCUGGGCUGGAUUCCAAGGCCACCGAGCACGAGAUCGCCGACAAGUACAAAAAUAUCUGGAAAGACAAAACGCCCAACCUGAAGCAUUGCGUUAGCAUCACGCCCAUUGCUGGCGAUGGCAAAUCUCCACUACAGCAGCAGCAGCAGCAACAGCAGCAACAGGUGGACGUGCAGCGCACGGGCGGCAUCGAGAUCAUACCACUGAAUGCGGCAGCCAGCGUGGGCGCCACGCCGAGCACGGGGUCUGCAGCUACAACAAUCACCAUCACACCUAUCACUGGAGGUGCCAAAGAGGCGGGGAAAGAGGCGAAGAAGCCAAUCCCCACUGGAGGUGCUACCAAGCGACCCCACGAGGGCACCUCCUCUUCGAGCUCGAGCAGCGGCACCGGCAGCAGCGCCUCCAGCGACGCACAGAAGGAAAAGAAGCGCAAGAAGAAGCGGGACGACUCGCCCAUGGGGCCUCCAGAGAAGGUAUAUUCGCGCCAGAACUCGCCAGCCUCUGGCGGGAUGACGGAAGCCUCAGCAGGGGGUGGAGUUGCGCGCAAGUUCUCGUCGCCCUCAACUUCGUCUUCAUCCUCGCCCAAGGGAGGCAGUGCCUCGGCUGCAGCUGCCCUGGGCCUCAUGGCCGGCCAGCCGUCGGCCCGGCCCAGCCCGAAGCAUUCCCCGGUGUACAGCAGCCCAAAGCACAACAGCAGCAGUAACACGGCCUCGAACAGCCCCAAGUCGCCGUUCGGGACGCUCUCGCCCAAGCACGGAUCCUCUGGCAAGCCGAGCAUGUCCACUCUCAAGAGUGCAACAGCGGCCACCGGUCUGAGCCUCAGUCCCAAGGGUGAAAAGUCCAUCACGGGAGCUGGAGGCGGUUCGAGCAUUCCCUUGUCCACUGCUGGCUCUGGCUCUGGCUCUGGGUUAGGGUCAAGUGGAAAUCCCUCUAUGCUGCGGCCCGUGCCACCGCUGGCCAGCAGCAGCCAGUUGCCCGCUGCUAUAAAAAAGGACAAGUCCAUCGCCAGCAGCUCAGCAUCUACUGCCCCAUCGGGGGUGGCAGCUGCAGUAGCCGCACUCAAGAGCUCCCAGCAGCAGCAACAACAACAACAACAACAGCAGCAGCAGCAACUGAAGUCACCUGUGGCCAGUUUAUCGCAUCUGGCUGCAGGAGGGAAUCUGAGCAGCUAUGGGGCUCCUGCCGUGGCCGCCUUGGAGCUGAAUGCACUGCGCAAGGGAAUGGCGGGAGCGGGAGUGGGAUCGGGAUUGGGCGCAGCUGCGGGAGCGGUAGGUGCGGUUAGUUUGAUGACGUCGACGGCAGCUUCGACGGCAACCAUCCAAACCACAACAACAGCAGCGGAUUCCUUGGGCACCGCAACAGCAGUGGUGGAGGCGGGACCAGCAGUGGGAGCAGCACAUGCAACAGCAACAGCAACAGCAGCACAGCAGCCGCUGCCGCAGCGGGCAGCGCCACAUAGCACCGACAGCUCCAGUUGUACUAGCAGCAGCUCCAGUGCGGGAGUAGUCUCUGGUCUCUCCACGGGGUACAUGGUGAAGCCGAGCAGCCAGGAGGGCCUCAAACUGACCAUCAAUAAAACGAGCAGCGGAAAGAGAGAAAGCAAGGGCGGACAGCCUGGAUCAUCUGCGUCCGCGUCUGCGUCCGCAUCCGCAUCUGCGUCCUCGUCCUCGUCGUCUUCAGCAGGCAGCAAGAAGCAGCACACGGGCCUAAAGCCAGGCGUCAACAGCGGACCAGCCUCGAAGAAGGCACUUUCAUCAGCUUCGAGCACAGGGGCAAGCGGUUCUGGCUCGAGCAAACACCUCUUCCAAAAGGCCAACUCCUCUGGAAACCUGAGCAGCAAACUUGGCGGAUCUGCAUCGCUAGGCGGUGGCCUGCCACUAACGAAGAGCAAUAGCACCAACUCUUUCCAGGAACACAGUGUGCCUAAGCGCCGGCCCAGUAUGUGCAGUCCGGGGACUAGUGGUGGCAGUGGAGGUGGCUCGCAGCGGAAGUCAUCAUCAGGAUUAGGGCCGGGAGGGGGAGCGGGAAGAAUGUCACCAGCGGCAUUGAGCGGGUCAAUGUCACAGCCACCACCACGCUUCGAUCACCACACAGACAUGAUGACCAUUCUGCAGUACGCCUCGCCCUCCAUGGCAGCCAGCAUGGAGGGCUUCAUCAAGGGACUGCACAACAAGUUUCAGAUACCCAAAUUGUCCCAGCGGCCAAGCGGCAACAAUGGGGGAAGUGGGCAGACUUCCAGCACCACAGAUCCGGCGUUAGCAACAGGCACAUCAGCUUCAUCUUCCUCUUCCGCCUCCUCGUUGGAACAGCAGCAGCAGCAGCUGAACGCGGACUUAAAUGCUCUGGCGUCCAGCAUUACCUCCACGUCCUCGUCCACGUCCAAUAGCAGUAGUGGAGGGCAGAAGCCAUCGACAGGUCCCUCUGCAGCGAGCGAUUUGCUGCUUACUCUAGGAAGCAGUGGCACAAUGGGAUCAGGUGAUGGCAUCGACGAGGAGCUGCUCGCCAGCUUGGCCGGCGAAUGACAGCUCGCGCUGAUUCAACCACUCUCUGCAAUCCAAUCUUAGUUCAAUUAAUGUGUUAAAGGCCUUCGGCUGUACUCUGACAAUGAGCUGUUCGUUCAUAGUCUUAAGUGUUUGUUAAGUGUGGAUGGGCGUAUCAAGUGACUGCCGUAACUCAAUAAAAUGCUGCAUUAUUUAA